CACAGUGGCUCCACUUUCCUCCAGCAGGGGGCAACCCCUCGUUCCCAGGCCUGCUGGGGUGGGCAGAGACGGGGAGGGGUCGGUGCCUAACGUUCAUCCUGGCAGCUGCUUCAAUGCGGCCGUGCAGGGGCUGGGGAACUCCCAGCUACUGGAUGUGGGGCCAGAUGAUCUCCCAGGGCGGCUGGGCCUGUCCCAUGGGGCCUCUUCUCCGCUAUGGGUGCUGAGCCCCCUUCACCGGGGGUCGCCCACUUACGCCCCUCGUUAGCCGGCGGAGCUCUCUCCCGCACGCCAAGGCCUUAAUUAACCUGUGGGCCCCUGAGCACCAGGCUCUGAUCAAACCAGGCUGGGGAGGCUCCCCUGUGACCAGUCGUUAACCUGGGGAACUCACUGCCACUAGCUGCAGCCUGGAAUUAGAAACCCGCCACCGUUUCCUUUCCAGUUAAAAUGACCAGAGCGCUGGUCUCCGGAGACGGGCAGGCGCCUCAUUCGCCUGCCCCACAAUGAAAGGAUGGGCUCCCAGGGGCAGCUGUCAGAACUCACUGCCCUCUGUCAACAAGCAGGAGCAGCUGGGGCAGUAGGGGGCAUUUCAGCCCUGGGGGGCAGCUUGGUAGGGGGGGCAUCUGCAGGCACGAACAGCAGGGGAGUGACCAUCAGUAGGUUUCAGAGUUAACACUGUAGGGACCGGCUGGCUCAGGCUCCCGGCAGACCUGGGUGCGGCUGGGCUGGGGGAAGUCUGGGCUGCCGUGAUAAGGGCUCCGGCCCCUGACUCAGCCCUGGAGGUGCCAACCAUGACGGCUCCCCCCAUUUCCCCCCGCCCCUGUCAGUUCCUGCCCUGGAGCGAGAUGCGGACCCCGGCGGGGAGACGCCCUGAACCGAUGGGCUCGGCCGUCUGGGUCCUGCUGGCCCUGCUGGUGCCCGGCCUGCUGUGGGGCUUCCCCCCACGGCUGGAGGUACGGGGGGCCGGGGAUCAGAUUCUGCUCCCUUGUGGGGCUCCGGGCCCCCAGGUGCGCUGGGUCUGGGCCCCCCAAUACCCCAAAUGUGCUGGUGACCCCGGAAACCUCGAAAUCGCCCGGCUGCCCCCCAGGCUGGAGCUCCCCCCAGCCCAGUUCAGGGGGCGCCUGGACCCCCACCCCUCGGCUCCGGGGGCCCUGCUGCUCCGGGACCUGGUCAUGAGCGACUCGGGGACCUUCACCUGCCUCAGGGAGUCUGAGCCCGAGCCCCCCAUCCAACUGGAGGUGACAGGAGGCUGUCGGAACAACCUCACCGUCUCCUCCAACUGGACCUCCCCCUUGGCCCUGACCCUCCGCUGCCACCGCUGCCCCCUGCUGGCCGGCCCGGCCUCCUUCCGCUGGUUCCUCAAAUCCCGGCCCCUGGGCAACCAGCGCUGGGCUACCAAGAGGGAGCGGGGGGCUACCGUGCAGCUGGACCCGUCCCGGCGGGCGGCCUGGGGGCGCUGGGAAUGUCGCCUCCUCGGCGCCGCCUCUGGCGGCUUUGAGUUCUGCGUGGAGCCUCCCCUCAGGGCAGGGGGCCCAGGCCCCGGCUCUCAGUGGGAGAUCUGGAUCGCGGCGGCGGCUCUGGGUCUGAUCGGGGCAGGGCUCGGCGCCUGGUGCCUGUGGAGAUGGAGGCGGGGCAGGAACCAACAGAAUCAAAACAAACGAGAGAAAGAAACGGGUGAGAGAGAGAAACAAACGCACACAACCACCGCACUCGCAGACCCGCUACCCCGGUGUCCCACCGCUCCCACCACGGGUCAGAGCCGCGGGGCCCAGCUACCUCAAUAUCCCACCGCUCCUACCACGGGUCAGAGCCGUGGGGCCCAGCUACCUCAAUAUCCCACCGCUCCCACCACGGGUCAGAGCCGUGGGGCCCAGCUACCUCAAUAUCCCACAGCUCCCACCAUGGGUCAGAGCCGUGGGGCCCAGCUACCUCAAUAUCCCACCGCUCCCACCACGGGUCAGAGCCGUGGGGCCCAGCUACCUCAAUAUCCCACCGCUCCCACCACGGGUCAGAGCCGUGGGGCCCAGCUACCUCAAUAUCCCACCGCUCCCACCAUGAGUCAGAGCCGUGGGGCCCAGCUACCUCAAUAUCCCACCGCUCCCACCAUGAGUCAGAGCCGUGGGGCCCAGCUACCUCAAUAUCCCACCGCUCCCACCACGGGUCAGAGCCGUGGGGCCCAGCUACCUCAAUAUCCCACCGCUCCCACCACGGGUCAGAGCCGUGGGGCCCAGCUACCUCAAUAUCCCACCACUCCCACCAUGAGUCAGAGCCGUGGGGCCCAGGUAUCCCACAGCUCCCACCACAGGUCAGAGCCACAGGCCCAGCUACCCCAAUAUCCCGCCGCUCCCACCAUGGGUCAGAGCCAUGGAGCCCAGUUACCCCAGUAUCCCACCUCGCCAGCUGAGUGCAGGGUGAAUGCCAGGUCUCUUGCCUGAGUAGCCGGGUCCAUAACCCUCCCAGCCAUGUUCAGUCCGCAAGGACCCAGUGGUGGGUAGUUCCACAGGUCGACUGGCUCCUUGCUCAGACCCCCCCACACACUAUCCCAUCCCUACUUCCCUCUCCAUUUUCUCCUUCUCUCCAUCCUGUGCCAAGGAGCCCCCAGGCUCCAUUUAUCCCCCCCGGAAGAGCCGCGGCUCGGAGCCAAAUCGACUGAAAGACGCCUCACGCCCCAGAGUCGGGAA